UCGACACGCAUUGGACGUGUUUGUGUUUCAUACAUUUAUAAUCAAAUAAAAAAUUUAACCUUAUCGAAAAUUACCAAGUGUGUUAUAAUGAAGUGGUCGAUAUUAUUAAGUUUAAUAUAUUUUUUAUCUAAUGUGGAAGGUUUAAAAGUAUUGGUAUGUUUCCCUUUACCCGUAAAGAGUUUGAGUAUUUUGGGACAAGGAGCGGUCAGGCAUCUGCUGGAAGCUGGACAUGAUGUAACAUACAUAACAGUAUACCCGCUGAAGAUAAAAGCGAAAAAUUAUCGUCAAAUCGAUAUCAGCACUAAUACCGCCCUACUUGCACGUGAUGAAUCGCUGACAAUGGGAUAUAUUCUUGAACAUAAACUAGAAAGGAAUCCUCCACAUCAAAUUCAAGAGUUUGCUGUUGAAGCCCUAAGAAUGACUCUUAAACAUGAAAACGUGAAAAAACUUCUAGAAGACCCAAAUGAGCAUUUUGACGUUAUUAUUGUAGACUUGAUGGAAUCAGAAGUGUAUGCUGGAUUGUCAGUUUUGUACAACUGUCCUAUGAUGUGGCUCUACUCUAUGGGGGCACACUGGCAAGUACUACGACUGAUAGAUGUCGCCUCGAACCCUGCUUACGACCCAGAUUACUUAUCACCAAACAUGCCUCCAUUUACAUUCGCAGAAAGGGUGGAAGAGCUGUGGUCGAGGAUUUAUUGGCAAUACCUCAAAACAUUCUACACCCAACCUGAAGAGCGCAGGAUCUACGAGGCAGUCUUUGGUCCUCUGCUGGCUAAACGUGGAAGACCGCUUCCAGAUUAUGAAGAUGUAAUGUACAACGCUUCUCUGAUAUUCGGGAAUGAGCACGACGCCACACGCAACCGAGCGAGUACUCCACAGAACUUUAAAUACAUUGGUGGAUUCCACAUUGAGGAUCCCGUGAAACCUCUACCUAAGGAUCUCCAAGACCUCAUUGACAAUUCAGAGCAUGGCGUCAUAUAUUUCAGUAUGGGAUCAUUUUUACAAAGCAAGUCUUUGCCAAGGAAACUGGUCACAGAAAUACUCCAGAUGUUCGGAGAAUUCAAACAAACAGUCAUUUGGAAAUUUGAAGAUAACAGCCUAGAAAAUAUUCCCAAGAACGUGCGAAUUGUAAAUUGGGCUCCACAACCAAGCAUUUUAGCUCACCCUAACGUCAAAAUGUUCAUCACACAUGGAGGUCAGCUCUCUUCUCUAGAAGCCAUUCACUUCGGAAAGCCAGUUAUAGGAAUACCAGUGUUCUUCGAUCAGUUCACCAAUAUCCAUAAGGCAGGUCAAAAUGGAUAUGCUCUAAGAGUGCCAUUGUCCCAAAACUUGCCGAAAGACUUGAAACCUGCCAUUAAUAUGAUGUUAACUGAUGAUCGCUACGCCAAGAAAGCUAAAGAGCUAUCUGACCUCUAUCACGAUCGUUUGACGAAGCCUGGUGCAGCUCUCGUGCACUGGGUAGAAUACGUAGUGCGCACACGUGGAGCCCUACACUUGCGCUCUCCAGCACGCCACGUACCUUUGUACCAACGUCUUUACCUCGAUCUCAUAGCAAUUAUUUUGACUAUUGUGUCUGUACUGAUUUUCAUACUAAGUAAAAUAUGUAAAAAGGAUCAUCCCAAAAGAAAUGACCAUAAGAAAAGAAAUUAAUAUUUUAGGACAAUAUUUGACACUUCACAAGUACGUGAUCAAGCUUUGUCUUUAAAUAAAUUUCUAGAUUUGUCUAGCUCAUUGUACAGUAUUUAGGGCAUUGGAAUGUUUUUUAUUUUAAUAUUUUGUUUUUGUUACAUACGAAUAAAAUACUAAGUAGAAAUUUA